CGUUCCUCGGGUCCCGUUUGGCUUGGCUCUCCGUCUCCGAUCGGACGGAGCUCUCAGCUCAGGCAUUCCUGGACCAUCGAGGGGUGACAGUAACGGAGAAGUUGGAGAAAACAGAAGCUUCGCCUUCUCGCUCUUUGAGUUACUGCUCCACGCCUCCGGUCGCUCUUCGGACAGCGGGGCUGCGGUCAGGUAAGCCUUUUGGGAAGCCACGCUCGCCGCAGCAUUUUGUUCUCGACCGAGCUGCUCGCCGGAGGGAAAAGGCCCUUGGGGAACGAGACACCGCAUCCCGCCCAGCGCGAACUGCGUGGACUAACUCCGUCUGCCUCGAGAGAGCGGGACACCUACACGCUCCAGAGACACUACAAUGACUCCCUUCCAGGCAUGGUCCCUUUCCUUCUUCUUCCUUCUGAUCAACUCAUCCAAACAGCUUGAGGACAACAAGAUCCCCAGUCUGUGCUCUGGGCAGCCUGGAAUCCCAGGAUCCCCUGGGGCUCACGGUAGCCCUGGCCUGCCAGGCAGAGACGGAAGAGACGGACGAGAUGCCGCCCCUGGAGCAAAAGGAGACAAAGGGGAGAUAGGUGAACCAGGAGUACCCGGUGAGAGGGGCUACAGCGGUGACCGGGGCAGCCCAGGAGAGAAGGGGGAGCGCGGCCAACCGGGGGAAUGCGCUGUGGCCCCUAAGUCAGCCUUCAGUGCCAAGCUGUCCGAGAGCCGUGGCCUUCCGGUGCCGGUAGGGGGCGCCGUCAUCUUUGACACCCUUCUCCUCAACGAACAGGGUGACUACAACGAGGAGACAGGUCACUUCACCUGCAGGGUCCCGGGUGUGUACUACUUCGUGGUCCAUGCAACUGUCUACCGCGCAAGCCUGCAGUUUGACCUGAUGAAGAACGGCCAUGUGGUGGCUUCAUAUUUCCAGUUCUACGCCAACUGGCCCAAACCAGCCUCUCUGUCAGGCGGCUCCCUGCUCCACCUGGUGCCCGGGGACAAGGUGUGGGUUCAGAUGGCGCUGUCCGAGUAUAGCGGAUUCUACUCGAGCUCGAAGACGGACAGUACGUUCACCGGCUUUCUGGUCUACUCGGACUGGAAGAAUUCCGUGGUGUUCGCACACCAGUGAGGUGGUCCCGCACAUUCAUACAAAGCACGCUCACGCAGCAGCAAGGCGAGAACCACGCAACCAAGCACUGGAUGGGCUUGACACUAAAAAGAUUAUUGAUAAAGACGUGCUGUAAUUUGCCGUUGUACAUCACAACAUUUUGCUGCUUAGCACACAUUUUUUAUUAAAAAUGACUUAAGUAGCUUGUAGUUUUACACUCAGAUUUCCUGAAGCAGUUCGAGGGUACAACACCAAGUCUUUCUGUGGAGCUUGAAUCCACAGUUUCAGUUUCUUAACCACUAUGUAGCUCCCCCUUGCGCUUGUUUCCAAAUUGUUGGAGAUCCAUGAACAGGUUGUUAAUAUGCUGUGUAGCGAUGGCCUGCCUGAUCGUAUAGCUCUAAGUAGAUAUUCCCCAGGUGACACAGUGCUAUGAAGAACAUUUUUUUACCCACUUUCCAAUUUUCUUUUUUUAUUUUUUAUAUCUUUGGAAGGUCCUAUGGCAGCAAAACAUCCCUAAAUAUCAUAAUAAACUGCCAUCCUUGAUUGUUGCUAGAAGGUUUUUACUCCGAAAUGCUGUGUUGGGUUUUUACUAGAUAUAAUUAGAUGUACGUCGUUCAAAAAAGUUCUACUCUCAGUUCAUCGAUCCACAGAACAUUCUUCCAGAAGAUCUGAAUGACAUUCAGGUGCUUCUUUGGUAAAUUGUAAACGAGUUUUAGUGUUCUUUGUCAUUAAUCGGUGGCUUACAGCUCUCCCAUGGAUCUU